AAAAUACGGUUCCACAAAGUCUACAAAACUAGCAGUAGCUCUUCUUUGUGAUGAUAUACGAAGCGAAAUGAAUAAAGGUAACCUUGUUGGGGUAGUUUACUUGGAUCUAUCAAUUUUGAAACCAUCGGGCAUGCCUCCUUACUCAAUAAACUUUCUGCAUUCGGUGUAA